UCCAACUCCCCAAACCGGAAUUUGACGACGGAGAAUUCAUAGCUAUAAAUAUUUCGAAAAACAAAAAAUAAAAAAUAAAAAAUAAAAGCAAAAGAAAAGUCUUCCUUUUUCUCUUUCAGUCUUCUUCUCUCUGCUUUCUCUCUCUCUCUCUCGGUCUCUCCCUCUCCUUCUGAGAAGUUGAAACUGAAAGUGGGGUUAUAAUUAGAAAUAAAAUCAGUGCAGUUUUCUGGUGUUGGGGCAUUAAUUUAUGUUAAUCUAUUGGAUUCCCUGAGUGAUUUGCUUGGAGAUUGUGUUCGUGAAGCCGAAGGAUCAAGAAGCUUUUUCCUUCUCAAUAACAAACGAAGGAUCACAAAAUGUUUCAGUGGAUAUUCCAAUUCAUUAUCGGUUAUUGACAGGUGGCUUAAGAUGAAUGUUGUUGGUAAAGUUGGGAGUCUCAUUUCACAGGGUGUUUACUCUGUUGCUACCCCAUUCCAUCCCUUCGGUGGGGCAGUUGAUGUCAUCAUUGUUGAGCAGCAAGAUGGGACCUACAGAAGCACACCUUGGUAUGUGCGUUUUGGUAAAUUUCAGGGUGUUCUCAAAGGUGCCGAGAAAGUUGUUCGCAUUUCAGUCAAUGGUGUUGAUGCCGGGUUUCAUAUGUAUCUUGAUAAUUCAGGCGAAGCUUAUUUUGUAAGAGAGGUUGUGUCAAGUAAAGAUACAGAGAGUGAUCAGCAUCUGAAGAAUUCAGAUAUUUCAGAAUCUACCCAGGAUGAUAAUGGCAGUAAUCUACAAAGUGAGAAUGGAGUCUCCAAUGCUGGUGACAUUGAAUUCUCAAACGCAUGUGUUGAAAAUGGCGAGAUUGAGAAUGAAGAGGAGUUGCUUGAAUUUCGCAAGGAGCAGGCUUCUCAAGCGAGUCCUGUUGGGUCACUGGGGUAUGGAGCUUAUCAUUAUGGGAGCUUAGAUCAGGUGGAGGAUUUAGUGAAAUCCCAGGGUUCAGAGUCAGAAGUAGUGUUAGUGAGUGUAGAUGGUCAUGUGCUGACAGCACCCAUCUCUUCGUCUGAGGAGAACACUGAUUACGUGCAGCUAAGUACGCCCCGGUUCCAUCUAGGCCCAGCUGAAGGAACUGAGGUAACAAUUGAGCAGCUGCAAGAUUCAGCCGAGUUUAGUGGAAAUAAUGGGGAUCUCAGAACCAGUGAAGAUGCAUGGGUAGCAGGUUUAUUUGGUGAUUUGGAUGAAUCCAAACGCAACGGCGUAUUCGAAGGUAUUCCCCCCGUCUCUGAUGGUGCUGAUACUUCUGACUAUUCAUCUGAUGGCUGUAAAGCUGCCAGGAAGCUUUCCUACCAAGCACAAGAGGCUCCCAACACAGAGAACGUGGGAGACAAUUUGGGCAUGCACGGUAGCUCUGAGGAUAUUGAUGCUAGUAUGAGUAGAAAUGAGAUUUUUAGAAGUUGCAUGGAGCUUUCAGAACUAACCUUAAGCAUCGACGAUGAAAAUUCACCAGGCACAGGCUUUCCAUUGAUGGGAUUGGCAGUGAAUAGUGGCAUGUACGAUUCACAGGAAAAUUCUCCUUCUACUCUCCUGUCAAAGGAGGAAACACAAGCUGGGGAUCAUCAGAAAUUAGAAAAUCGUGCCACAGUACCUUUUCCCAUCUCCAAUCCACUGUGCAAUGAUGAGUCUCCCACUGUACCUAUACAGAUUGAGGCCUCUGAAAACAAUGCUGUGGUUAAUGAAAACACAGAUGACGUUGUUUCUGUACCCACCAUAACUAAUGUUUCGCAAAAGUAUGAGCAGCUUGGUGCAGCUCCAGAGCCGCAAAAUUCUGAAAGUGAAGGAAUGAUUGUCCCUGAAGAAGAAUGCACUAAGCUCAAGACUGGGGAAUCCCUUUCAGCGAUCUCUGGUGGUGGGAAGAAGUCUGAUGCGGGCUUGGGUUUUGAGAUUUCUCUUUGCCGCAACUUUCUCCAUGCUGGUAUUGGUCUGGGUUCUGCUGAGGAAGCCUUCAAUGCCCAUCAGAUAUCUGCGGAGGAGUUUAAGGUCUCUGGAGGAUCAAUUAUUAAGAAUGAGAACCUCAUUGUUAGAUUUAAAGGGCGAUAUUUGACGUGGGAUAAAGCUGCUCCUAUCAUUCUUGGAAUGGCUGCUUUCGGUUUGGACUUUCCUGCUGAGCUGAAAGAGGCUAUUCCUGUUGAACAGGUGGAGAUGCCAAAGAGCAGGGAAAAUAGUCCUGUUCUCUCUUCCGCACCUUCUGGUCGCAGUUGGAGACUCUGGCCAAUACCAUUUAGAAGGGUUAAAACCCUUCAACACAGUAACAGUACCUCUUCAAGUGAUGAGAUAUUCGUUGAUUCCGUGCCUUACUUGAGUCCACUUGCAGAACCAACACAGACACGCAAUAGUGAUAGUCAGACUUCUCACAAGCAGUUUGUACGGACAAAUAUUCCUACUAGUGAGCAGAUUGCAUCUUUGAAUUUGAAAGAUGGUCAAAAUAUGGUAGCCUUCAGUUUCUCAACCAGGGUCCUAGGAAAUCAACAGGUUGAUGCCCAUAUUUACUUGUGGAAGUGGAACACAAGAAUAGUUAUAUCUGAUGUUGAUGGGACAAUUACCAGGUCCGAUGUCCUAGGCCAGUUCAUGCCUCUAGUUGGGAAAGAUUGGACACAGUCUGGGGUAGCACGCCUUUUCUCUGCAAUUAAGGAAAAUGGUUAUCAGCUACUCUUUCUGAGUGCACGUGCAAUUGUCCAGGCAUAUUUGACUAGAAGUUUUCUUCUGAAUCUGAAACAGGAUGGAAAAGCGUUACCCAGUGGGCCUGUUGUCAUUUCACCUGAUGGAUUAUUUCCCUCAUUGUAUCGAGAAGUCAUACGGAGAGCGCCUCAUGAGUUCAAGAUUGCGUGUUUGCAGGAUAUUAGAGCACUUUUCCCUUCAGACUACAACCCAUUUUACGCAGGCUUUGGAAACAGAGACACCGAUGAGCUCAGUUACAGGAAGAUGGGGAUCCCAAAAGGCAAAAUAUUCAUUAUCAAUCCUAAGGGUGAGGUGGCUGUUAAUCAUCACUGCAUUGAUGUGAAGUCGUAUACCUCGCUGCACACGCUGGUCCAUGACAUGUUUCCCCCCACUUCAUUGGCUGAGCAGGAGGAUUUUAACUCUUGGAAUUACUGGAAGAUGCCCAUACCGGACAUUGACUGCUGAGCCAUGAUGGUAUGAUGCAUAUAAGCUUCUUCUCUUCUACAAUCCCUUUACAACCCGUUGAUCAGAGGAUUUGAUUCCCGGCGGAAUCAAUACAGCUCACAAUGCUUCUCGCUACUUGUCAGCUCUUGGAGGAUACGUAUGGCGGAUUCAUUGAUUCGAUUUUCUGGUCAGUUUCAGAGGCAGCUGUAAUUUGUAAACCAUUGAUUCUUUUAUUUGGGAAGCUACAAGAACUGAAAAUUGAAACGAUGGGAAAUAUUUGUCAGAAAGAAAAAAAAAAAAAAAACCACAAUUUGUACCCAUGCUCAAGCUUUUCCUGUAAGAAAAUAAAGAUUCUGACA